CCGCCUCCCUGUGUCGCUCGGUGGCGGCGGCGGCGGCGGGUCCGGCCGUUCGCGUGGGUCACGUGACGUAGGGCUUCCCGGACGUCCGAAUGGCGCCGCCCUCGACUCGCAGGUGGCUGCCCGGCCGUUGAGGAGGAGAAGGCAGGGCCCCCCCAUCCCCGCCGGCGCCCCACAGGUCCCUGGUGGCUUGGCGAUGGACAAUAAGGGCUUCCGCCGUGGGAGUUUCCAGAGCAGCACCAGCGAUGAGGACAUGGUGGAGGUCGCCGGGGGGACGCUGGACUUCUCCAUGGCGGAUGACGUUCCUCCCUUGGACCGAGAGAUUGAGGAAGGCUUUUCCUCGUACAAUGGAGGUGGGGUGAACAGGGCCCACAAGAUGAUGGAUUUCCUGGAGGAGCCCAUCCCUUCCCUCUGCCCGGGACCAGGACAAGGCGGCUGUCGUCCUUGGGUCACCCUCUCCCCGCUCUUGGGCAUGCGUGCGCGCGCGCACACACACACAUAUGUGACUGCCAAAGGAGAGUAUCUAACCUCCUGCUUCUCAAACGCUUUUUUCCAGAUCACCAACCGAAGCAAAGAGUCCACGUGGGCCCUGAUCCACAGCGUCAGCGACUCCUUCUCAGGAUGGCUCUUGAUGCUGCUCAUAGGGCUGAUGGCGGGGGCCUUGGCCGGCUUGAUCGACAUCUCUGCCCACUGGAUGACGGACUUGAAGGAGGGGGUCUGCCUGAACGGCACCUGGUACAACCACGAGCACUGCUGCUGGAACUCCCCGGAGACCACCUUCAAGGACAGGGACAAGUGCCCGGAGUGGCGGACGUGGGCGCAGCUUCUGACUGGCAAGGAGGAAGGGGGGGCCCUGGCGUACAUCCUCAACUACUUCCUCUAUGUCCUCUGGGCCCUGCUCUUUUCUCUCCUGGCCGUGCUGCUGGUCCGGGGCUUCGCUCCCUAUGCCUGUGGCUCCGGAAUCCCAGAGAUCAAGACCAUCCUGAGUGGGUUCAUCAUCCGUGGCUACCUGGGCAAGUGGACGCUGGUCAUCAAGACCAUCACCCUGGUGCUGGCCGUCUCGUCGGGCCUGAGCCUGGGCAAAGAGGGGCCGCUGGUGCACGUGGCCUGCUGCUGCGGGAACAUCCUCUGCCACCUCUUCACCAAGUACAGGAAGAACGAGGCCAAGCGCCGGGAGGUCUUGUCGGCGGCUGCCGCCGCUGGGGUGUCGGUGGCUUUUGGUGCCCCCAUCGGAGGAGUCCUGUUCAGCCUUGAAGAGGUCAGCUACUACUUCCCCCUCAAGACGCUGUGGCGCUCCUUCUUUGCGGCCCUGGUGGCCGCCUUCACCCUGCGCUCCAUCAACCCCUUUGGCAACAGCCGCCUGGUCCUCUUCUACGUGGAGUUCCACACCCCGUGGCACCUGCUGGAGCUGGUGCCCUUCAUCCUUCUGGGCAUCUUCGGGGGCCUCUGGGGGGCCUUCUUCAUCCACAGCAACAUUGCCUGGUGCCGGCGGCGCAAGACCACCAAGUUGGGCAAGUACCCGGUGACGGAGGUGAUCGUGGUCACGGCCCUGACGGCCGUCCUGGCCUUCCCCAACCAGUACACGCGGAUGAGCACCAGCGAGCUCAUCUCGGAGCUCUUCAACGACUGCAGCCUCCUGGACUCCUCCCAGCUCUGCGACUACCUCAAUAACUUCAACAACACCAAGGGGGACGACCUGCCUGACCGGGCUGCGGGGAAGGGGGUCCGGACGGCCAUGUGGCAGCUGGCCUUGGCCCUCCUCCUGAAGGCCUUCAUCACCAUCUUCACUUUCGGCAUGAAGGUGCCCUCGGGGCUCUUCAUCCCCAGCAUGGCGGUGGGGGCCAUCGCCGGGCGGCUGCUGGGGGUGGGCAUGGAGCAGCUGGCCUACCACCACCACGACUGGGCCAUCUUUGAAGGCUGGUGCAGUUCAGGGGCCGACUGCAUCACCCCCGGCCUCUACGCGAUGGUGGGGGCUGCGGCCUGCCUGGGAGGGGUGACGCGGAUGACGGUGUCCCUCGUGGUCAUCAUGUUUGAACUCACUGGCGGGCUGGAGUACAUUGUGCCUCUGAUGGCAGCGGCCAUGACGAGCAAGUGGGUGGCCGACGCCAUCGGCCGGGAGGGCAUCUACGACGCCCACAUCCGCCUGAACGGCUACCCUUUCCUGGAAGCCAAAGAGGAGUUCUCGCACAAGACGCUGGCCAUGGACGUCAUGCGGCCCCGGCGGACGGACCCUCCCCUGACGGUCCUCACGCAGGACAGCAUGACCGUGGAGGACACAGAGAGCGUCAUCAGCGAGACAACCUACAGCGGCUACCCCGUGGUGGUCUCCAGGGAGUCCCAGCGGCUGGUCGGGUUCGUCCUCAGGCGGGACCUCAUCAUCUCCAUAGAGUCUGCCCGGAAGAAGCAAGACGGGAUUGUGAGCAGCUCCAUAAUUUAUUUCACGGACCACUCCCCACCCCUGCCCCCCAGUUCCCCGUCCGCCCUCAAGCUCCGGAACAUCCUCGACCUCAGCCCCUUCACGGUGACAGACCAAACGCCCAUGGAGAUAGUGGUGGACAUUUUCCGCAAACUCGGGCUACGCCAGUGCCUGGUCACGCACAACGGGAAAUUGCUGGGGAUUAUUACCAAAAAGGAUGUAUUAAAGCACAUCGCACAAAUGGCAAACCAGGAUCCGGACUCUAUAUUGUUCAACUAAUGGAGCAUUGGGGGGGGGGGGGAAAUAGGAAGGGCGUGUAACGCCCCCCCCUCCUCCCGGCCCCUUGAGAACUUUACAGAAUGGGCUCCAAAGAUUUGUAUCUCUUUUUAUGGCAAAUCUGGAGCGGUCCUCAGCGUCCCUGACCCCUCCCUGUACAGAGCUAAUGAUAAUCAUGUUAUUUUUUUUUCUACCAGAUAACAAAUUGCACUAUAUAAUCUGUGGAAAUUAAUCUUCUGUUUAGAAGAAAAAGACUUUAUUAUAUUAUUCUUUUGAAGUUGCUUUGGGGGAAGAGAUUCCAUGAAGGAGUAAAGGAAACCGUAUAACAAAUAA